GCGCAGAAAUAUUACAGACAGCGUAUCAAAACAAUUCUUAUGCACGUGUGAAUAGCAACAUUACGAUUUUUAUAAUUCCUCUGCCCAUCUUCAUCAAAAGUAUGAAAUCUAUCACAUUUAUAUAUUCUAUUAAAAAGGAAAGCUUGUAAAAUGGAGUCCGGUAUUUGUUAUAUAAAGUCUGAAUAUUUAAUAGCGGACGCGGAUAAGCAACCCAAAUUAAUAGGAACGCAGGAAUCUAAUAAAAGAGAAUUGGUAUGUGAAACUGCUAGCGACUUAAUUGAAGGCGGAGAACAAACAGGGAAAGAAAAUAAACGAUGUAAAAGCGAUAAGAAAGAAAGAAAACGAGGGCAAAAUAAGAAUCGUCCUGUUUACAAAGAAGACAGAACGUUACAUCUGUGCAAUUCUCUUUUGAUGGGGUCUACGGAGAAACGAUGCUCUUUGGAAAAUUGUCGUUAUAUCCACGAUUUGCAGCAAUAUAUGGCUAACAAGCAGCCAGAUUUGGGCGAACGUUGUCCAGUGUUUGACGCUAAAGGCUAUUGCCAUCGUGGAGUAACUUGUCGUUUUGCAAAAGCACAUUUGGACGAACAAGGCCGCAAUGUUAAACGGGAAGAUUUUGACGAAAUGGAAAGAAAAACCACUUGCAACGGUAUAACACCAGAAUUGCAAGUACGUUUGCGCAAGCGUGAUUACGAUUUUAGCAAGAGCAAAGGACUGGUUAAACAAUCUGAAGAAAUACGCGACUUAAGAAAGUAUCAGAAAUUUGACUCCGUCGAAAAACCUGUCGGAUUUGUCAUAGAUGAGAAAGAAAUCAAAGGUCAGGAUACGAAGUCCUUAAGAUCGGUUGACUUUGCAAGGAAAUUGAUUUUGUCGCCCCUUACAACUGUUGGAAACUUGCCCUUUCGCCGGAUAUGUAAAGAGUUUGGCGCCGAUAUAACUUGCGGGGAGAUGGCAUGCUGCGUGCCUUUAUUGAAGGGUUUGACACAAGAAUGGGCAUUAACCAAACGUCAUGAAUCCGAGGAUAUAUUUGGCAUACAGUUGUGCGGAAACAGCCCGAAUAUCGUAGCGCAAGCCGCUCAACUCGUGCAGGAAACUACUGAAGUAGACUACUUAGAUUUGAACAUCGGCUGCCCAAUUGAUCUAAUCUAUCAACAAGGCGGUGGGAGUGCUCUGAUGCGUCGCACAAACAUAUUAGAAUUAAUUGUGCGUUCAUGUGCCAACUUAAACACAAAAAUACCAUUUACUGUCAAAAUGCGCACCGGUGUAUAUGCUGAUAAAAGUACCGCGCACGAGAUAAUGCCUUUGGUGGAAGAAUGGGGAGCAGCCGCAGUAACGUUACAUGGUCGAAGCCGAGAGCAGCGUUACACGAAAAAUGCCAACUGGACCUAUAUAGAACAAUGUGCUGCUAAAAUAAAGACGAUACCAGUUGUAGGCAAUGGGGACAUUUUAUCUUAUGAAGAUUACAAUGAGAAAAGAGAAAUUGCUCCACACGUUUCUUCUGUUAUGAUUGGACGUGGAGCUUUAAUUAAACCCUGGAUUUUUCAGGAAAUCAAACAACAGAAACAUUGGAGUCCUACAUCUUCAGAACGUUUUGAACUUCUACGUAAAUACGUAAAUUACGGUUUAGAACAUUGGGGAUCUGAUACGAAAGGUGUAGAAAAUACCAGACGUUUCCUUUUAGAAUGGCAAUCAUUCCUCUAUCGUUACAUACCAUAUGAACUGUUAUUAAAACCCCCACAGAGAAUCAAUGAGAGACCGCAACAAUUUCGGGGACGAGAUGAAAUGGAAACUUUGAUGAGUUCUCCAAAUUCUCAAGAUUGGGUGAAAUUAAGUGAAAUGCUUCUAGGUCCUGUACCAGAGGGUUUUACUUUUGUGCCUAAGCACAAAGCCAAUGCUUAUUGAUGUCGCAAUUGAAAAGCGAUGAAGUUUUGUCUUAAA